AUGAUUUAUGGUUAAUGCAAAAUCCAUUAUGAAAUAGGAAUUGGGUUCACUGAAAAAGGAGAACCUUAUUGUGACUCAUGUAGGAGAGCUUAAGAAGAAAAUGUUUAAGAAUUUAUAUAAAAAAAAAAAUCUUUGCUUAAAACAAAAAAAUUGAUUACUUUAGAAAGAUUUAAACAAUCAAAAAAAAGAAUGGUAGAAUUAUAAGAAAAUCUUUAAUUAAAACUGAUUGAACAUUUUAAGUAGAUGGACAAAUAGAAAGAAAAGUUAGAAUCGUAUUUUGUAGAAUAAGAAAAUAAAAUUGAAUUAUUUAAGGACCAAUAAGGAGAUUUUUAUAAGUUUAGUUAAAAUGGCAAAGUUUUGUCUAAUUAGGAUACUAUUUAUGGUUAAGUGGAAAUGUUAAAUGAGUAAAUUUGGAAUCUUGAGAAAAAUUUUGAAUAAAUAUUAACUUGGUCUGUGAGUGAUUACACUGGUUUAAGUUUUGUAUAAUAAUAAUAAUAAUAAUAAUAAUAAUCUAACCCAUAAUAGAUUCAAUAAUAAUAAUAGUUAAUACCUGAAAGUAUAUAUGAAAAAUAUGAGUAUUAAGAAUUUCUUAAAAUUGGGAAUGUUGAUUUUGAUGGAAAAAUAAUAGCAGUUAACAAAGAUAACUAUAUUAUAGCCUAUUCAGAAGAUUUUGAAAUAAAAGUUUAUUAAAUUUAAGGUGAGACAGUAGUUAAGUAUGAGCAAGAUAUUGAUGAUGGUGAUAUGACUUUGAUUACGUGCUUGAUAUUUGGUAAUACAAAUAAUUAUAUAUAUUAUGGUAAUGACAGUGGUAAAAUAAAAAUAUGGAAACAAAAUGAUAAAAGUUGGGAAAAUUUUGAUACUAUUAUAUCUCAUGAUAAUAAAGAAAUUAUAGAUAUAAAACUAAAUUAAAAUGACACUAAAUUAUUCACAGCUGGAGCGAACAAAGAAGUUAUAUUAUGGAUGAAAGACGAUAUGGGAAAAUGGGUUGUAAAUAAAAAUUUCGAACAUCCUUAAUUUUAUGCUAUGGCUUCAAUAGCAAUUAAUUCAGAUUGUACAUAUUUGAUUGCCUCUUCUUAUACAUAAAUUUAAAUAUGGUAAAUAGAGAAUAAGCAAUCUUAAGAAAUUGACGGAAAAGAGACUAGUAGAGAAAAUCAAGUUUUCUUUAUUGAUGAUGAAAUUAUUUGUGUUCAUAAUCCAAAGGAAUUGUAAUUUUAUUAAAAAGAUAAUAAAUAACAAUUUUAAUUAUUGGAAAAUGUUAUGCCUUAAGAUACUAAAAUUCCAACCCUUUUAAACUAUGAUUAAGAAUCUAAAAUUAUGCUGGCUUAUAAUAAAGAAAAAAAAAAUGUCUCUGUUUUAAGAUUUAUUGAUGGAAAGUUUGUACAUCAAAGUGAUACUAUUGGAGAAUAUGAUGGAUAGUAUUUAUCCUAUAAUGCUAAUUUCACUCUAUUAUAUAAAAAAUCUUAAAAAGAUUUACAAAUAAUGAGAUUAAAAUGA